AUGGAAACAGACGGGGACGACGACGACGACGAGGAAGUGGGGGACAGGCCGGUCUCGCGUCUCUUCCCGUACUACUCGGGGCUCUACGCCUACGCCACCCCCAAGCAGGACAUGGAGCACCCGGGCGAGCUGGGCUUGUCCGACGACGACGACGACGACUCCACCGACUACCUGGCCGCCAGCGCCGCCCGACGCCUGAACCUGAGCCAGCUGCCCUUCCCAUCGUUGGGCGACCAUGACGAUGAUGAAGAAGAAGAAGAUGGUGGUGAUGAUGGUGAUGAUGGUGAUGUGUGGCGGUCGAUUGCGGCGGCGAGCGAGGCGCUGGGCCGGGAGAUUGUGCGCGUGCGGGAGCUGGCCAAGGAGGCGGAUGCCGGCGGCGGCGGCGGAGGCGGCGGUUGGUUCUACCGCUACGCCGGCGCAUGUCGUCGCAUGCCGCGCCUGGUCGCGCCGGCCGCCCUCUCUUCACCAUUCGUCGAAAUCGAGAGAGGAGUGAAUCAGUACAAGACGGACCGGCUGGAGGUGAGCGUGAUCGCGCUGCCGCACUACCCCGUCACCACCGUCCGCUAUCGCCUGCACCGACUCGCCGUCAUCCUGGCCCUUCUCAACGUAAACGAGUACGUGCCACAGCCAAGCCACACGGUGCGCAUUGGAUUCGUUGACCGGAAUUGCACCAUUUCGCUCGCCCGGUUCUGCCUCGCCUUUCUCCGAGGGAAGGAGAAGCAGCUGGUGGACGAGCUGGGGCUGGGUCCGAGGGACAAAGCCACGAUGGACACGAGGACUGAGGCGUGGCGCAAGUAUGGGUGGCGGGCCAGGGAGCCCACGCUGUGUCCCAACGUCGUGGGCCAGUUCACGCCCUUCGUGCACUUCCUCUCGGGUCCCUUCGGGCGAAAGGCGCCGUGCGUGUUCCCCUACGAGGACCACUGCGCCAACAACCCGCACACGUUCGGCUCCGAAGACGACGUCGUCGCCGCCUUCAGCUUCCGCACACCAGAGAAGGGGUGGGCGCCGGGCUUCCUGAAUGCCAGCUUCACGUGGUUCACGCACGCUUCGAUCACCACGCUCUACAACCACGGCCGGCGGCACAUCCUCGUGCUCAAGGCCCGCGAAAAAGAGUUGGUGGGUUGA